CAUAUAAGGACUGUGCACUGUGGAUGACAUUCCCGGCGUCAAGCAGAAAGUGCUACGUGUAGACUUUUUUCCCCUUUUAACGUGAAAGCCUCGGCUGUACUUGCAAUGCUUUUCCCUUUGUUUACACUGCAAAGUGCUGUUUCCCUAUGCUUUGCCCGGCUUAUUUCCUCACCAGCACUGUGGCAGCACACGCGCGAUUUGCACCGAUCACUGUCUCUGCGUUUUUGAAACCGCAUCUACUUUAGCGCUGUCAAGAGUUACUUACCAGGGUCCGGUUCAGUGCAUUUUAAACGCUUUGAAAAUGCCCUAUUUGAAGAUGAGAUCUCCCCGGGACAUAGUUUGUGGGUGAAAUUUCGGAUCCGACUUACUCCUGGGGCUGGGGACUCGAAGAAUCAACCUGUUGCAUCUUUUUUUAAGUCUUGGGGCUUGUUCUCUGCAGGUCGAGACGCUCAGAACGUGUUCUACCGUCGUAUUAAUAAUGCAGCAAGCUUGUUAGAAGAGCAACGCCAAACUUUCCGGAACGAUUUGAAGAUUUGAAGAACAAUCGUCGCCUAAGAGGAUUUUACUGCUAAUUAAGCCGUGGAAAUCCAGGAAUAAAGAUCCCAAUGUUAUUGCUAUUCACAUUGGUUAUAGUGUUUGCUGACUUUGGCCUUCAUGGCAUCAAAGCUCAAGGUGGUUCUAUUAAGGCGUUGCGAUCAUCUACUAUACAGAGAGAUGAGAGCAAUCACCUCACAGCAAUUUAUCGGCAUGAGGAUACAGUCAAUGUCGUGAAGAAUGGAUAUGUACAGAGCCCACGGUUUCCUCUCAACUAUCCAAGAAGCAUCUUAUUGACAUGGAAGUUGCUGUCUCCCGAAAACACAAGAAUACAAUUGGUGUUCGAUACUCGUUUCGGACUGGAGGACCCAGAAAAUGAUAUUUGCAGGUAUGACUUUGUAGAGGUGGAAGAUAUAUCUGAUACAAGCCGAGUCAUUCGUGGAAGAUGGUGUGGCAGUAAGGAAGUUCCUCCGAGACUAACAUCGAAAAGCAACAGAAUAAGGAUAACCUUUAAAUCAGAUGAAUAUUUUGUUGCCAAACCUGGAUUUCGCAUUUAUUACUCUCCAGUGGAAGUGGAAGAUCUACAGCCACAAACCUCAAAAUCAAACUGGGAGGCAGUCACAAGUUCUAUCCUGGGUUCACAGGGGCAUCAUUCCUCUGCUACAGCUUCACCACUGACUGCAGAGUCUUUGGAUGAGGCUAUUGCUAGUUUCGAUACAAUAGAAGAACUUCUGAGGCAUUUAAAUCCGGACUUCUGGGAAGACGACCUGAAUAACAUUUUCAAAGAAACACCCCAGUUUCGAGGCAGAACAUUCCAUCACCGUGAACGAAAGACCAAAGUGGACUUGAACAGAAUGAAUAAUGACGUAAAACGCUACAGCUGUACCCCGCGAAACUACUCCGUUAACCUUCGAGAAGAGCUGAAGCAAACAAAUGCAGUUUUCUUCCCGCGCUGCCUUCUCGUUCAACGCUGUGGUGGAAACUGUGCCUGUGGUACCGAACACUGGGGAUCCUGCAACUGCAUGCAAGCUAGAACUGUUAUGAAAUAUCAUUCGGUGUUGAGAUUUAUUCCUGAGCCUGGAAAGAGCAGAAAGAGGAACAUGUCCCUUGUUGACAUCCAGUUGGAGCAUCAUGAACGAUGUGACUGCAUCUGCAGUUCCCGGCCACCCCGAUAGAAGAAAGAUUUGUAUAAUGCGAGAAGCUUUUUAAAAGGACCUUUUUCUUAACAGGAUUGCAUUUGUGUAUAGAUGAUUGCAGGCACCAGAGCUAAUGUUUUCCAACAUUACAGAAAGUAAUAAUUGCUGUGCUUGAAUAUAUUCUUUAACUAGCAAAUGUGGCAGCAAAACAUUCAUUAUAAUAAUACCUUGCUUCUGGCGGUCAGAACAUUAUGAGACUGAGUUUUACUAAUGCAUCCGGCUUAAAUACAGGACAAUCCAGAUUUUCUUUUCUAAUGUUUGGAAUUUCAUCUCAAUCGGUUUUACUUGUUUUAAGUCUGAGACUUUAUAAUAACUUUAAGGCUAUGUAUGAGGAGCAAUUAAUUAUUGAAUGUUGUAAUCCACGGAAAUUAAAGCAGAAAAUGCUAGGUAGAAUCAGGAGGUCAGAUGAAUUCUCACUACGCUGAAAUAGUUUAAUGCCAAUGGCCCUCCAUGAAAAUUUUCUAAUGAAAUGUCAUCCAGCCAAAUUGUUAAUUCUUAUUUCACUUCUGAUCUGUUGAGUAUUCCUGCCACUUUCUGGUUUCAUUUCAGAUAUCCGGCUUCUGCAGCAUUUUGCAUUUGUUGCAAGUUAUCCACAGGUGUGGCCACCCGAUUGCCAAAAGCACCUUGGAAGUUUCACAUUGUAAUAAUGUAAAAUGCAAACUGCUUUUGUGAGACUAUUUAAGGUUAAAGUGUUUCUCAGGCAAUGUUUCUUAUAUGGCCUAGAUUUCUUUCAACUACUUUUAAUAACUGAACAUGUAAAUGAUAUUUAAAUGCUUUUUCCUCCAGUCCACUGUAAGUCUGCUGAAGUAUAAUGCAAGUUUUUAAAUAAUGUUGGUUGAGGAAGUUAAGUCAUUGUUUCUGUUUUUUGUUUGUUUUAUUUUAUAUUACCUGAUGCAGCGGUAAUCUCCACAAUUAACCUCCACAAUCGUCCUCUCACAGAGCAGAAACAAUUUUUGUUUUAAAAUGAUGAAUGACAAUACUAAAGGAUUAAUAAUUUUUAUUGGCAUGAUCAGAUCUUAAUGUAAAACUUACUUUAAUCUCAUUUCACAUGUGCUUUAAUUUUUAAAAUUGUCCAUUAGUGGAAAAACUGAAUGCAGUCUGUCAAUGAAAUGGACACAGAUUUGGCAUGCUGUAAUGCUCAAAGCCAUGCUUUUUAAAUUGAUAUCAUUUUCUUUCAUUCAUAAAUGGACAAAAUAAUUGGCCUAGUAUUUUUUCAUCUCAUUUAUAGUUACACCAGUUUUCAAGUAUUACAUACACAAAUCAAUAUGAGCAUCCAUUAACAGCAACAAGCCUUUCAUAUCUCAUCUGUUCAACUCAAGUCUUAAGCAGACCAGAAUAACAAUUAGUUCAGCCACUUUCUAAAUUUGCAGCCAUUUCCAUCAUUCUAAUGGAGACAGUGUACGUGUACAAUAAAGAACAAUAACCAAAGUCGUAUGCCAUUGUCAAUACCAAAUCACUUUGAGUCAAGCUUUCUGAAGACAUUAAGGAAAAUAGAAAAGGGUCGUGCAUUUUAGUGAUAAUUUUAUUUAAGCCUUCAUGUUUGAAAAUGUUACAGAUUUCUAAAAUUUUAGAAUAAUUCUAACAUGACAAAUGUUUCAAUGUAUUGAAUGUUUAACGACACUUUUUAAAAUCACAAAGUACAGUUUCAUAUUUCUUUAGAAUCAAAUAAGAAUGGUGUUUAAUUAUGAAAGAUAUAUAUAUAUAUAUAUAUAUAUAUAUAUAUAUACAAAUCAUUUGGUUAAUGGAGUAGGUUUAUUUGAGCAGGUUCACCUGCACCUUAAUAUAAUGCUACCAAAGUAGGAUCAUGAACAUAUAAAGCUUUCUGUACUUUAUAAAAGUAAUGCAAUAUUAUCUUUUAAGGUCAUAUCUGAACGCAUCUUUCUCGUCUCAUUCAUCAGAUUUGCAUAUUACAAAAUAAGCAAUGUCCAAGUGAGGUAAUCUUUAAAAAAAAAGUUUUCUUUCAUCAUAAGAAUAUACAUUUUUCAUUUUCCUACAUGUUGUAUAGUAAUACGCUGUGCUAUAAUAUUAGUACACUUUCAGUACUGCAAAGGCUAAUUGCCUUUAGAAUAAUUCUGCAGGGUCCCAGGGAUAUCGUUUUUGUUCUUGCAAUAAAAACAAUUUCCUUAA